UUGAUUCGCUAUGAAAAUUUUAAUAUUGGUCAAAAAACUAAAUAAAUUAACGAACUGAAAAGUUUCGUAAUCUUGGAGGAAGAAGCCGAGUUUACAGAUUUUUUGCUUAACUGUACAGGGCAGGCUAAAACGUGUUUGUGUUCCUGCUGCUCCUGCCUUUGAAGCUACAGAAAUAGAUAGAGAAAAUGUGUUUGAAUGAUACAAAAACGUCAAUCUAAAUCUCCUGACAUCUUUACACACCCCCUGACUUUUUUUCCCCUCAUAAAUGAGUGACAAGUUUGAAAGAGCUUUCAACUGAAUUUCAGGAAUGUGCUCUUCCAUUUCCAUGGUUUUUUUAAAUAAAUAUUUUGUGCAGAUCUCUGCUCUAAACUGCUGUGCUGCAUUAGGCGGUGAUACUGUGAAGUCCCACUGUGACAUGAAGUUGUUUCAUGUUCCUCUUUUGUGGAGCCACUUCCGUAGGAUUUCUUCAUUUUUAUUCUCCAGUCAACAAGUAAAGACAUUUGGGCGAAAUGUUUAGCUUUUAACUUUGGACUUAAAUCCUAAAAAAAAAAUCUGUUAUUUCUACACAAUUACAGGGAUCCUAAAAGAGAUUGAAGCUUGAUUGGACUUCAACUUUAACCAGUGGGAUCCUAUUGUAAACGCAUCAGGGUUAAAGUCCCUGAGUUGGUGAAAUGGAGGAAGCAUAUAAGGAAUUGUACCAGCAGUUUCUCCGCCUGAGGUCACUGUGCCUCAAACAGGCAGCCAUGCUGCAUCAGCUUACCACAGCUCUGCAGAAACACCAGGGUGCUCCUGCUCUCGUUGGAGAAGUGGGUGAGAUGAAUUUAGUCCCUUCUCACGACUCCCCUGUUUAUCACUAUGAACAUCCUCGACCCCUCGUGACUGAAGAACAGAAGCGUGCACCACCGUGUGGCGUUAGCCGCCCCGUUGGAAGCCAGGGGGCUGUUCCCGGACUUCUCGCUGAAGAUAUGGCAAAGCUCAGCGUGGACACAGCUAAUCAGCGAAAACAGAAUUUGAAGGCGGAUAAAAUAAAUCAGUCAUGUUUAGACCCAUCCAUGUGGUUCGAAGCCUCCUCCGGCGGUUCAAAACUUUUGAGGAUAAGUUUCCCCAAUGAGAUGCCUGCAGCCUCCGACCCUUAUCUGAUCAAUGAGUGCCUCAGCCCGUCUGGAGGGGCUAUGCUUUCUGAAGUUGCUCUGCAAUCCCACGUGUGUGAAUUCUGCCAGGCGGUUUUUCCUGGGGAAACCAGCACCAGAGGAGAUUUCUUACGGCAUCUCCACACACACGUGGCGUAAAGCUCUUCUCCUCGUGCUGGGAUUGUGUCUUAGCUACAAUUCCUCUUAGAACUCUACUGUUGGACCCCGUCUUUCAAAGAACUCCUUUGAGUGAGGUUGGGCAUGACAUCUCUUUGUAAAACUACAAGCACUCUAUAAAAAGCAUUGCACAUGCAGCCUUUUCAUUCAAUUGUCCUUAAGCUAUAUAUUUUUAUACUGUCUUUUCUGAAGGUUCAUUGGCUUUUUAAUUUAACCUAAUUUUCACCAAAUUCUUUCAAAUUGCAAGAGACAGCUAUCAUCAUAAAAAAGGGGUGGGAUUAAGGGGCGGGGCUACCCACCAACAGCCACACCCAUGUAGAGGAGAUUAUUCUUUUAACAGAGGGUUCAGAUAAACAUUAAAUAUGGCUUUUUAAACCAUUUAGUUUUGGGGAUUUUGGCUUAGAACUUUAUUAUCAUAAAUAAAACACCCAUGAAAACUUUUUUUUUAUUCUCAUAGGGGGACUUUAACUACUUUGAAUGUUGAGUUUUUUUUAUUUCUAUUUUGCUUCAGCUCAGCACUUCAUCCAGUCGACUUUCAUGCAUUAAUCAUUGAUUGUCUUUUUCUUUUUUUCUAAACACACAAAUAAAAGAUGUGUAAUGAAUUGUCAGGUUUGAAAACGAGUUACUGGGAAAAAAAAGGUAAAAAGCUCCUCUGAUCAAUGAGUGCGAUGUUGGGGGGCCCAAACUCAACCUUUAUCAACUAAUUCAGUUUGUUAAGAAUAUAAAAAAUAGAAAUAGCCUUCUUUGCUGCACAUCAAAACAUCUGCACUGUAGUACUUCCUGUUUUUUUUUUAUAUCUACAUUGGAUUUUUCUUAAGCAUGUUGGAAAAAAACAAGUCUUGGUGUUUAUUCCAAAUUUCUUCUGUAAAGAAAAAAAUGUUUGUUCCAAAUAAAUAACACUUUGAAGUGUGAAA